UUGUGCUUUGCUUGUUUGGCGUUAGCAAAGCGAAAAGCAAAACAUACAAACCCAAAGAAUGGGAAGAAGGAAGAAGUUAACACAGACACGCACAGAAUAAACACGAUGUGCCGUUGUUCGAUAAGGUGUAAAAAUGGUCACAAAUAAUAAUUUUUUUAAAAUGUAGGACCUAAAUUAGUUCAAAAUGAAGAGUUGUACUCUAAACAAUGUUAUUUUACUGUCAACUGUUUAUUUUUGUGGGGUCAGUGGCUAUUUAAAUUUAUAUUUAAGUCUUCCUGAAGUUCAAAGACUUUUUGGUUUACACGCUGAGCUCUUUUACAUAAGAAAGGGCGUGAUAAACAAUUAUGCAUUCAAAUAUGUUGUUACUAUUCCGUCCAACAUUGAUUCAUUGUAUUUUACAUGGGAAAGCUUAACACCAGGACAGCCAGUCCAUUAUGAACUCAAAGUAGAGACUUCAAAUUCUGACGCACUACCUCUUCCAACAUUUAACAUAUCAAAUAUCGGUGUAAUCCCAAACACAGUUCAAACCUUCCAAAUAUCGUUACCAUGUUCUGGAGUAAUAGAAGGAGAGGUAGAUAUAGCCAUCAAGUUGAAUGUGACUGUAACAUCAGAAAAUGUGACGACGCUAUUAUUUCGCCGAAAAAAGAUUUGUUUGGAAUUAGAAAAAUCAACAACGUACAUUUCAAAAGACACUUUGCCACAUUUUGCAAACUCGGCAAAUAUUUUUUAUAUAGCAGUGUGUUGUGCAGUUCUGCUAAUUUUGAUCCUAGCGUUUGUGGUUACUUUAUAUUAUUUUAAAGAUAAUAAGAUUAGACGUACAACUGAAAAUGGAAGUGGACCAACAACUACGACUACAACUUUUUUGGCAGCUUUACCAAGGAACAGUUUAAAUGCUUCCUCAUAUGGCAGUUUUAGAAGAAUGCCAAGUUACUCGCUUAUAGAUGAAAGAUGCAAAGACCUGCAAGAUAAAAUUACGGAACUUACAAUACAAAGAUGUAGAGUUCGUUUGAGCAGUGUUAUUCAUGAAGGCACAUUUGGCAAAAUUUACCAUGGAUCUUACACCACAGAAGAUGGCAAUGAGGAAACUGUCAUUGUUAAAACAGUUGCAGACCAUGCUAGUGAUGUACAAAUAUCCCUGUUGCUCCAAGAAGGAAUGUCGAUGUAUGCCUUGAACCACAAACAUAUAUUAAGCAUCCUCAGGGUUACAGUGGAAGAGCAUAUGGCUCCGUUUUUGCUGUAUCCUUACAAAAACUACACAAAUUUAAAACUGUUUCUUCAGAAGUGUAAAGUAUCUUCGGAAGGAGUUCAUCACACUUUGACAACACAAGAAGUUGUUGAUAUGGCUUUGCAGAUUAUACAAGCCAUGCAGUAUCUUCACAAGAAGCAUUUGCUACAUAAGGAUUUGGCUGCUAGAAAUUGCAUGGUCGAUGACAAAUUAAACGUGCUAGUUGCUGAUAAUGCCUUAUCAAGGGAUUUAUUCCCUUCCGACUAUCACUGCCUUGGUGAUAAUGAAAAUAGACCAGUUAAAUGGUUGGCAAUAGAGAGUCUUUUACACAAGACCUUUUCGCCGAGUUCCGAUGUUUGGUCUUUUGGCGUGUUGCUUUGGGAACUGACCACACUAGCCCAGCAACCUUACAUAGAGAUCGAUCCUUUUGAGAUAGCAGCUUAUUUGAAGGAUGGCUACCGACUUGCUCAGCCGAUCAACUGUCCUGAUGAAUUAUUUGCAGUAAUGGCUUAUUGUUGGGCGAUGAGUGCUGAAGAAAGGCCAACAUUUACCCAACUACAUGUAUGCUUGCAAGAAUUCUAUACACAAUUAACUAGAUAUGUGUGAUUUAAAUAUUUGUGUUAAUUUUGCCAAACUUUAAUAGUGAUAACGUUACAAACUCCAUUUUGGUUAAUAAUAUGCUGAAAGAUGCAACUGGUAGUGCUGAACUUUAUUGCUUAGUUCAUUGCACUACCACCAGCAUAUAAAAGCACAAGUUAUUAUUAUUAUUUUGAUAUUUGAGGUUUCCGAUUUUACCGUGGAUACUUCAGAUACGAUCAAAACAACCGUUAUUCCAUUUUUAUCGAAACUUGUGUACAUGUUUUUGUGUAACGUUGUCACUAUAUCAUCUUAGGGGGCCAAAUUGAUGCUCCAAGUUUUAAGUGAUGUAGCAAAAUAUAUCGUAUUUAAUGAUAGAGGAAUUAUAGAAAUUCAAUAUAUUUAAAAAAAUUAGACUAUUUCAGAGUAUGCAGAAUGUACAUAAAACUAAAAUCAAAGUUAAAGAUUUUAUAAGAUAUUAGAAACUCCUGACAAAAAUUAUAGCACCAUUUUAAAUAGUUACAGCAAUCUAAAUUUUCUCUGGUAAGUAAUGACUUGUUGCUGGCAUUCUUUACUUUCAUUCCGUUUCAUUUAAAAGGCUUCUGAUUGUUAGAACAAUGAGGGCUGCUAAUUUAUUCUUUUGGAAUACUUUCUUUGGUUACACCUCCUGAGAUUUUUAAAAUUUAUAAAUCAUACAGGCUGCCGAGGAAAUUAAGAUGAGAGAAUUUCCUCGGCAGCCUGUAUGAUUAAUAAAUUUUGAAAAUCUCAGGAGGUGUAACCAAAGAAAGUAUUCCACCUGUUGUCAAUCUGGUGGCAUGGGAACGAUAUUUAUUGUCGUUUUCUGUGCUACUUCGAUUGAUAACUUACUUUGUUUUUCGGUAGAUGGGUCUAGUUCAUCCGUGACAUUUCUUUCUUUGCAAUUCGGAAAGGCCCAAAGUGUGAUGCCUGGAAAAAUCGGAGAGAAGAGCAUAGAUGAGGGGGUGGGGUAGAUAGGGAACUCUAUAGGCCAAAUUGGUCCCGUAUUCCAACGCCGUCGAUAUUUUUGGAAGCCAACUAAGCUUUUACAGUUGGAAGAUUUCUGUAACGAUUUGGAAGAUCUCUGUAACAUUUUGGAAGAUAUCUGUACCGUUUUGGAAGCUUCGCUAGGCAUACCAAAUUCUAUAAUGUGCACGUUAUUAAUUUUUAGUUUUUGCAAUAAAAAUAUUUUUAUUACAGAAACCAUAAAAAUAAAAAUAAUUAUUGCAAAAACAAAAAAUUAAUAACAUACACAAACAUAGAAUUUAGCAUGAGCAGCGAUUAUAUUUAAAAAAUGAUGAGUAUGUAUGUAAGAACAAUAAUGAAACCAACAAAUGACAGUAAUAAUUAUUAUUUAUAUAAAUUUUGACAUGAAUUCAUUGUUUUCAUAACAUAUAAUGUAAAAUAAUUGUCUUUCUACCUUAGGAAUUAUUAACAUUACCUGGAAACAACUAGGUACAGUUGAGGGAAGAAAAAUAAUUUAUACACUGAAAAAAUGUCUAUUAAUAACUAAAAUAUGAAACAUUCACUUCACUAAUCACUUGGGUACGGGAUAAAAACUUAAUACACAAAAAUAAAAUUGAUAUAAAACGCAUACCCAACACAACAAUUACAAAAUGACGCACUCAAUUCAAUACAAGACAACGUUGCCGUAUUUUAUUUAGGAAAUAUAUUGCAUGUUUGGCUAAAAUCUACUAAAUCAAGAAUUAAAACUUUAUUAACUUAUUUGAAUAUAAUUUAGGUUUUUUUAUAAUAAAAACAGCAGCUAACUCAACUAGAAAUAAAUAAGUAUAACGUGAAUGUAAAAAAACCAAACUUUUUUUACAUUUUAACAGGGAAACAAAAUGACCUAGGUACUUAAUUAAUUUUUAUCAGUUUUAUAUUUAAUAUUUUUAUAUAAUAUUUUGUCAUCCAUUGAUUUUAACAUAUGCAUGUCUGGAUCAAAUUUGGUACAAUUCCCAACCUCAUUCAUACCUUCUUUGACAAAUAAUCAUGAAAAUACAUUUUUUUCUACAACCGUGUUAAAAAUGCAAUUUUUAGCACUCCAUACGAGCGUUAAAAAUGCUACUUCAAGGAACUAUGGUUUAUUUUUUAACCAAGAGGAGUGAUUCAAAUUUACCGCGCUGUAUUGCUUGUUUGUAAUUGGUCCAACCGCAGGCAAGUUUACUCCACUGUUAUAGAAUUUUGACACUAGUGACAUUUGUCAAAUUUUGACACUAGUGACAUUUCAUAGGUUAAUUAAGUUAUAUCGGCAAUUUUUUGUGUUUUCUGUGUUAUUCCUUUAAGUUUUAGAUUGUUAGUCUGCAUUUAUAUUAAAAGCAGUUUUUUUUUAACUCUUUCGCGACGUAUUAAUUUAAUAUAAUAUUUAUGGAUUGCCGUUGAGGGCCGACUACAUCAACCAAAAAAGAAGAUGUAUUUGGUUAUUAUUCUAGUGACUUUCUUAGGUGUGAAUCUGUCUUUUUAGUUUACUCCUCCUGGUUAAAAAAUAAACUAUUGUGCUUUAAAAAUUUUAAGGCACUGCAGUUCGUAUUGACCCUAUAGUCAAUUUGAUGUAAUGUCAAAAAAAUAUAAAAAUGGAAUGUCAGUCAAGUUCAAGUAAAAGUUUUUGUAGAUAUUGUCCUGUAAUUACGUUUGUAGAAAAAAUAUUGUAUGAUAUGCGUGUUAAAAAUUACAUGUUUAAGGCACUCAUGUGAAUUUGCAGAACUCGCUUCGCUCAUUCUGCAAACUUUCACAUGCGUGCCUUAAACGUGUACUUUUAACACUUAUAUCAUAAAUAACUAUUUAUUCAAAAGUUUAUUGCGAUCAUCAGUUGUAAUACGAUUAAAACCGGAAAAAAAUCUUUCUCAUUUUACGUUAAUAGAAACGGGUAAACACAUUAUUUUUGCAAAGUUACAUUUUACAUACAUAUUUUAGUUUUCCGUCGUUAGCUUAAUUUUAAUAGCCUCACCGAAUGUCAAAACUCUUCGUUAUAUAAAUAUUACCCGAAACACUACUGCACUGCUGCUUGAAACAAGAAAGUUUGGUAUCAGACUCCAGUUUCAUUUCUCUAAUCUCUGUAUUCAUACCUACGUCCUGAAUCUUAUUUUCGGUAAUGACAUUAGGAAAUUGUAACAAAAUGUCAAAUGUAAUGUAAAUACUAUUAGAGUUAAUUUCAUUUUAGUCAUAAUGCAUAGCACAGAAAAUGUUGAUAUACAGUGAUGAGCGCGCUAAUAACCGGCAAAAUAGCUCAAAAGAUGGAAAACAUAAUACAUUGCGGAACAAAAAGAGAUGAAACUAGUGGAGGUGGAAAUUAUCGUUAUAAACGUCUAAAAUACCAUUACAUUACAUAGUUUCCCACCUUUAGACGUAUCAGAGGUAUGACAACUGUCACUGUGAGAGUAGAAUUUUAUAAAAUACUCCUGUCACAGACGUCUACAGGUGGAAAACUAUGUAAUGUAAUGUUAAUUAAUACGUUUAUAACGAUAAUUUCCACCUCCACUAGUUUCAUCUCUUUUUGUUUCGCAAUGUAUUAUGUUUUCCAUCUUUUGAGCUUUUUGGCCGGUUAUUAGCGUGCUCAUCACUUUAUACCAAAAACCUACUACAAAAUAUUGCCUACUAGAAUUAAAAAAAAUAUAUCAAAAAUCUAUCCAAAAAGUAGAAAUCUGCUGAAUGUGGCAACGCUGUUACAAAAUAAACACAACUGUCAAACUCAAAAUUCAAUUGUCAAAUAUUCUUCUUCUUUUCAAUUAGCCUUGUACCACAUAUAUUAGCGAUCCACAUUAUGUGUCGCCAUCUCUAAUUCCGGAAGCUCACUAUAUAUAUGGAACCAAUUUUUUCCAUUGAGUUCGCAGCCCAUGGAGAAGAGGAUAUGGGACUACUGAUGAGGGGGAAAAGACCUCCGAAACCGGUAUAGACUCUUCCUGCACUCUCCGAUUUAACCAGAGCAUUAUGCAGCUGCUGCAUUUUCGUGUUGCAAAGAAAUUGAAAAUGUUUAUACAUUUUUAAUUCAUUUACUCUAUUGUAGGAGUAUUAAGGAAUCUUUCUUGUUAGAACUUUUACCACGCUGAGCAGAUGAGUUGUGAAUUAUUUAAAAUUCUCUCAUCUUAAUUUCCUCGGCAUUCUGUAUGAUUAAUAAAUUUUGAAAAUCUCAGGAGGUGUAAUCAAAGAAAAUAUUCCACCUUUUGUCGAUCUGGUGGUAUGGGAACGAUAUUUAUUGUCGUUUUCUGUAUUACUUUACUCAAAGAUAGGUUCACAUACCAACAAAACAAAAGACUUUGGAGAGAUCUGUCCAUAAUUGCCAAAUAUAGAAUAAGACGAAACUACUCUGAAUUAUCUUUCCGAAUUUUACUUCAAAUCGUCCAAAUAAUAAAAAUAGUCGAUCAAUACUCUACUGCAGAUGGGAAACGGCCAGGAUGGCUGGUGUUUGAUUAAUACUCAAAGAUAGCUUCACAUACCAAUAAAAAAUGACUUUGGAGGGAAGAUCUGUGCACCAGUGCCAAAUAUGGAAUAAGGCAAAACUACUCUGUGAAUUAUCUUUAGGUCAAACCAUGAUACUAUAAAUAACAAGAUAAUAUAUUGCGCAUCUCGAAGAGAAGGGAGUCGUGACGUAAGUGGAGACCCAAGUUCGUAAUGGUUCGUAAUGUCCGAAUGAUUUCCGAUUAGUUUGAAUUGCUCGCGGUUGUAUAGUCCAGGCUGUAUGGUCGCCCCCGUUAGGUAAAUUAUCCCGAUUCGAUUUUUUUUUGCACAAACUUACUAAAAAAUAGUUCCUUAUAACAAAUCCACAGGGUGCCGUGAGGUGCAGCGGUCAGAAAAUUGUAACAAUUUUUUUAACAAAUUCAAAAAAUUAAUUUUUUCAAUUCGUUCAAUUUUCUUAGAUUUUUUGGGUCAUUAUAAGCAAAAAAAGUCUCUUGUGAUUUUUCUCUAAAAUUUAUUUUUGUCGAGUUAUACGCGAUUUAAUAUUUGAAAAACGCGAAAAUCGCCAUUUUCAAGGCUUAAUAACUCAGUUAAAAAUUAUUACUAUGAAAGUUAGAAAGUGACGAAAUCAAAGUUUAUAGUCCACCCUACAAGAUCCUGAAGAAAUUUUUGUCAUUAUUUUAUUACUAAGCUUUUAUUUUUAAUUAUUAACAAUGAGCGCUAACUGCAUAUAGGCGGCCGUCAAUAGUGAGUGCGAAAGAGAUGCAUCAUUCCGGCCGUCUAAUGGUGCAUCUCACUUACACUCACAUUGACGGCCGCCUCACUUAGCGCUCAUCAUGAUACAAUAACAGAAGAUAUGACAUGGAGCAGGUAGGCGGGGCCAACGUAGCUACGUCACUCUGUGAGUAGAUCAGCAUUAUAUUCAGUGUUGUCGUAUAGUAAACACUGUUUAUUUUUGUGUUUAAGGUGAAUUUUACUUAUAAUUUGUUACACUUUUAUCAAAAAUAUUAUAUUCAUAGUUAGAUUUGAAUAGUCCUUAGGGGGUGUGAUCAUAAAUAUAAUUAAUGAAUAAGAGAAUUUAAGUAAUAAAAAAAUAUAACUGAUGGGCUUCAUGACUAUCGCAGCUUUAACUUUUUUUAUCAUUUAACACAUUACAACUUUAUUGUUACCUUUAUUUCAUCGUUGGUACAUGUAUUAUACAGGGUCUAUAAUACAUGUAUUAUAUAUAGGGUGGAAGGCACUUAUGGAAUAAAAUUAUUUCUGUCCUUGUUUUAAAAAACGCUGAAACCCAUUCAUUUUUAUAUAUAAAUGUGGGCUUUUUAAACCUAAAUGUAAAUUUAAACAGUAUAUUUAAGUAUAAAUAAUAUUUAUUUUUUUUGGUUUUGUAUUUUUAAUGUCUUGAACGAAAUUUAUGAAUAAUUUAAAAAUUUCACGUUGUAUUAUUCAUAAUGGACCCGAAUACAUUUUUUUGAGAUGAAGUUAUAAACUAGCUUCUAAGCACAUAAAAAUAUACAGGGUGAUCCAUUAAAACUAAAUAUCAUGGACUAUGCUGUACUUGCGUAAAUCACCCUGUAAAUUUAAAUCUAUGUUUGUAAAGCGCCCAUUUAAAUUUAAAAGUUGACCUGUUCCGGCAUUUUUUAUAAUUUUUAAAAUAAGGACACAAACAAUUUUAUUCCAUAAGUGGAUUCCAUAGUUAAUAAUUUCAAAAUUUCAUCCUGUAUUGUUCAUAAUUCACCCUACAUUAUAUAGUUAGUUGAAAUCAGGUUGUUAAGCAGUUUUUAAAAAUAUAAAAAUAUACAGGGUGUUCUAUUAAAAAUAAAGCUUAUGGACUCUGUUUGACUUUUAUGAAUCACCCUGUAAAUUUAAAUUUGUGUUUAAAAGUGCAGAUAUUUAUUUAAAAAUCGACAAGUAUCAGCGUUUUUUAUAAUUUUUCGAAACAAGGACAGAAAUCAUUUUAUUCUACAAGUGCCUUGCACACUGUAUAAUUAGACGUAUGUUGCCUAAUAAUAAAAAAAUCAUGUUUCUGAUUGAUUUUUAUUAUUAGAAUAUGUUCUCAAUAAUUAUAUUUAAUCAUACUAAAGAAAACAGCACUUCUAGAAAGUUUCACAACUGAUAUUAAAAGCUAAAAUCUCCAAAUCAUAAUGGCAAUGCAUUCGAAAUUUAAAGGAUCUACUCACAACGUGACGUCAUGCGCGACCUGACCGAAAUUAGGAACGCUACAUAUCAUAUCUUGGGUUAUUGUAUCAUGAGCGCUCAUGAUUAACAAUUAAAAAUAACAGCUCAGUAAUAAAAUAAUGACAAAAUUUCUUUAGGAUUCUGUAGGGGGCUUUCAACUUUGAUUCAGUAACUUUUUGACUUUCAUAAUAAUAAUUUUUAACCGAGUUAGUAAGCCUUGAAAAUGGUCAUUUUCGCGUUUUUCAAAUUUUAAAUCGAGUAGGUAUAACUUAACAACAGUCAAUUUUAGAGAAAAAUUACAAGAGACCUUUUUGGCUCAUAAAGACCCGAAGAAUCAAAAAAAAUUAUACGAAAUGAAAAAAUUUGAUUUUUUGAAUUUGUUUUAAAAAAUUGUUAAAACAGUUUUCCGACCGCGGCACCUCCCGGCACUCUGUGUAUUUGUUAUAAGGAACUCUUUUUAUGUGAGUUUGUGCAACAAAAUUGAAUCGGAAUAUGUUCUCUAACGGGGGCGACGUACAGCCUCGACUAUAAGCUAACAACAAGAAUUAAAAUUCCAGUCUCCAGUUACGUCAUGCGAUGCGCGGAUUCGGACGUAUUUGUGCUACGGGAAGAUCCUAUCUUGUUAUUUAUAGUAUCAUGGGUCAAAUCUUCCAAAUAAAAAAAUAGUCGAUCAAUACUCGGUUGCAGAUGAGGAACGGCAACAACGGUUGGUCUUUGAUCAAUACUCAAAGAUAGGUUCACAUACCAACAAAAAAAAAAAAGACUUUGGAAGGAAGAUCUGGUUUUGAUUUACGGCCUUUUAUAUCUUUGGCGGUGUUCCAUCUCCAGCGCAUGGAUAGAAUAGAAUAGAAAUAUGCUUUAUUGUCACUGAAAAUUAUACAAUUUUAUGGACAAAGCUUAACAUAGAUUCACGAAAAAGAUAUACAUAACAAUAACAAAUACAAUUUUAUAAAAUUAGAUAAAUCGUCAAUAAAAAAAAUAUAAACAAUUUAAAAAAGUGAAAUAAAAAACAAAAACCAAUAUAUUGCAAAAUUUAACAUACAACAUAAUAUAAUAAAACACAAACAAAGGAACUAAUAAGUUUAAGCUGCUGUAUGUGACACCCAAAUAUAUAUAAAUACACUUUUGUUACUUGUACAUUACUGUGAUUUCUUAGUUAGUCAUUAAGAAACUCUUCUACUGAAUAAUAUGGUCUUUUAGAUAAAUGAGCUUUUGUCAUUUUACGGAACUUGAGAAAGGAUGUUGCAGAUUUGAGUUGUAAAGGGAGAUGGUUGUAUAGUUUUUUUGCGGAAUAUAGUAUAGAUUUCUUUACUAACUCAGAAGACGGGAUCGGUAAAUAGACAUCAAAAGUUGAAUUUCUGGUGGAGUAGUCAUGAUGAGGCCUUGCUGGAAAGACAUGCAUGUGUUUACGAAUUAAGCAAACAGUUUCUAAAAUAUACAAAGAUGGAAGAGUUAAAAUUUCGUGAUCUUUAAAGUAACUUCUGCAAUGGGUUGUUCUUCUGAGGCCAAACAGAUAUCUUAUUGCUCUUUUUUGUAAGUUGAAAAUAACAUCAAAUUGGGCAGCUGUACUAGACCCCCAAAAAGGAAGACCAUAUCGAAGAUGAGACUCGAAUAAAGAAAAAUAUGUUAUUUUAGAAGAUGCUAAAUUGAGUUCCUUCGAAACAGAUCUUAUGGCGUAGCAGGCCGAGGCGAGUUUCUUACUUAACAAAUCGAUAUGAAGGGACCAUUUGAGGUUGCUGUCUAAAAGAAUACCAAGAAAUUUUACAGAAUCAACGGUAGAGAUCUGGCUGCUAUUCACAAGCAGGGGUUGAAGAGCACCUUUAUAUGAUAAUGCUACCGUUUUAUCCACGUUAAAGGAGAGUAAAUUAGAGUCAGACCAGGUUUUUAUCGUAAGAAGAUCAGAAGUUAUAGUUGCAUGAAGAGUUGCAAUAGUUGAGUUGCUCCAAGUGAUACUGGUAUCAUCAGCAAAAAGAAAAAUUUUUCCAUCGAUUUUUAAAUUAGUGAUGUCAUUUAUAAAGAUCAGGAAAAGUAGAGGACCCAAUACUGAACCUUGUGGUACUCCACAUAUAAUGUUUUUGAGACUAGAGUCAGUAUCAUUUGCUCUAACCAAUUGUUUCCUAUUAUCUAAGUAAGAUUUGAACCAAUUCAAAGAAAUACCUCGAAUUCCAUAGUAAUUAAGUUUUUUAAUCAAAAUGUUGUGAUUUACAUAAUCAAAAGCUUUGGAAUAGUCACAGAAAACAGUGGCAGUAUAAAGAUUAUUGUUUAGUGCUUGGUAAACCUCGUGAAGUACAGAAAACAUGGCAUCAGUUGUACAUUUAUUAGUUAAGAAGCCGAACUGAUUUUGUGAUAAAAUAUUGUUAUCAAAGAGAAAGGACAUAAGUCGGGUUUUUAUGAGCCUCUCAAUAAUUUUGGAGAGCACCGGUAGUAGGGCAAUAGGUCUAUAGUUGCAGGCAUUAGAUUUUUCGCCACCUUUAUGAAGAGGAAUAAUAAUGGCUGUCUUUAGGCACUCUGGAAAUUUACCGUUUUCAAAGGAAUCAUUAAUUAGUGACACGAGGAGUUCUAACACAUUAUCUGUGAGAUUUGAGAAGAUUUUUAUGGAUAGUCCAUCAGUACUACAAGAUGAUUUGCUUUUGAUACUAUUGAUCGUUUGGAUUAAUUCAGAUUUAUAGAUUGGUCUUAUAAAGAAUGAAUUCGAGACAAUUUCUGAAUUAGGGAGAUAGGAAAUGGGAUCUUGUUGAGACUGAAUAGUUGAUGUUAUAUUUUUACUCACGUUAAUGAAGUAUUCGUUUAGAUUUUCAGGGUUUGGAAGGGCAAAUGUUUGAACUGCGUGGGUUUUAUUUCGAAGAUCGUUUAUUAUGGACCAAGUUUCUUUUGCAACACUUUUGGAGCUUCCCAGACGAUUUUGAUAGUAGGCUUUUUUAGCUGAUUUGAUGAGUUUUAGGUAUGUGACUUUGUAAUUGGUGAUAUAUUGAGUGACAGAGACGUUGGUAGUAAAUUUCUUGAUAUAAAGUAGUGAACGCAUAUUUUUUGCUGAUAUGCGGAUACCUUUGGUAGUCCAGGGUUUGCGACGUUUUGGCUUAAUCGUAAUUAAAGGAAAUGCCUUAUUGAAGAUACAUACAAGCUUCUCCAAAAAAUCACUGAAAUUAUAUGGUAGUGGUAGGUCGUUAGAGUAGUGCAGGCAUGAGGAUAGAUGACAAGUCGCCGCGCCGUCUAGCAGCGGCGAGGCCAUCGUUACAGGAUUAUUAAAAAAUCAUUAUGCGAGUUCCUGUUUGUAAAUAAUCUAACAAGGUGAAUCGACUACAAUGCAUCAAGUUUGAUUCAUUCAGCAAAGUUGAUGCCAGCACCAACUGACCUGCUUUAGAAUUAUAAUUCAUUUUUCUUUUUUGAAAUAUUUUAGCUAAUUUUCAAUUUAAAUAGCUAAGAAAUGUUAUUGGUGUGUUAGUUUUAAGAAGGAGUUAUUUAUUCUUAGUUUUCUUAAUAUUUUAUAAGCUGAACUAGUUUUCUUGAUCUCAGAAUAUAUACGAAUUCAAAAUAAUCAAAAUAAGUUUAUAUUUACAAUGAUAGAACUUUAUUUAUUUAACCGGCCUUAUUGCUGGAUAAUAAAAAAUGCUUUCUCAUGCCUCUUGAUAAUUUGUGCCAAGCCGUUAGUUUUUCUAGAUUUGUAGCUGAUGUAUUUUAAACAUGACCGAGUUAUUUUUGCUCAAAGUUUUUGGUUGAUCCGAGUUAAUUUUAUUGUUGAGAUAGCAGCUAUUGGUAUUGUAAUCAUAUUUCUUACAAAAUCAGACCACCAAGUCUGAUUUCGUAAGGCAAUUGAAUAUUUACCAAAAAACAGACAUGUAUAUAUACGUUAUUUUAUUUAGUGUUCACUCGAUCGGGCUUAUUCUGUACUUAAACUGUUGUGAUCUCUUCGUAUAUUUAUAUACUUUAGUUUAUUAGAUAUGUAUAUUAUAUUAGUUGUGGUAGCAAAUAGUACUUUUUAAUAUUAACUGCCCUCAUGAUGGUAUUCUACUGAAGUAAUUAUUUAAAUAAUAUUUAUUUGGUAACGAAAAUCACCACCAAAAAAGUCGUUUUGAUUCUAGUUUUUAUUUUACCACGCAUGUAUUUUAUUUUAUAUACUGUUAUAAAAACUGACUUGACUUUUCUAAUUUAGUUUAUGUUCUUUUAGCACUAAGUUUAAUUUUAGCUGACUUUAUUUAUUUUUAAUAACUUACGUCUAAACAAAUGAAAGACACUGAAUUUAUAUAUUUUAUUUUACAAACUACGAUAUCUAAUUUAUUUAUUACACCAAAUCUAAUUUAUCCAAUUACAAAUUGAAAGAUAUACCGCACUCGUUACAUAUCAAAAUACACCGACGCAACGUAUUUAAAUUCACUAUUUAUAUAGUUAUAUAGUCUAGUGAUUUCCAGAAACAUCGAAAAGUACAUAUUAUUUACAGAGCAAUAAAAAAAGGUGUAUCGAUGUUCUUCUAGAUACGCCGAUCGUAAACAAGUUUCUCUCGCCCACAGAAAGGGUCUCAGACAGUCCGGCGCCAGAAGGCUCCCGAAUUGACAGGGCCGGCCUGGGUCCGUGACAAUACACAUAAUAUACAAGGUGAGGUUUAGAUAUUGGUCUAAAUCAUAAUCCUACAUUCAGAAUACAAAAAUAAUGUGUAUAAAGUAACUCAUUGCUAAAGCCUACUGCGGUGGUUUUCAAUAAACGCCAUACGCUGCGUACAGCGUAACGCGGUACGUGGCAUCUGUAUGCUUAAUACAAUAAUACGAUAAAUAAUAGUUGCGGCCUGUUACCAGAACCUGUUAACAAAGUUACCUGUUACACAAGUGCCGUGUUUUAAAUAUAGUCAGAGGAAAAGUACAGCCCGGAGGAUUAGAUAUGCAAAAUGGCAAGAACAUCGAGGCCAUGGGUGAAAACGAUAUGUAUAAAUAUCUCGGAGUAAAGCAAGUGCUGAAAAUUGACCAUAAGCAAAUGAAAAUUGAGAUAACUACAGAGUUUAUACGAAGGGUAAAACAGCUGCUUCGUUCACACCUUAACAGUAGAAAUUUGUUUAAGGCACUAAACACCUACGCAUGUUCCGCGCUUAGCUAUUUAUUUGGUAUUGUUAAAUGGACUAAAACGGAUAUAGAAAAUCUUCAGCGAAAAGUAAGAACACACCUCACAAAGGCACAAAAACGCCAUCCUCGAAGUGCAGUAGGAAGAACGACAUUAUCAUGAAAUUUAGGAGGAAGAGGACUUAUGGAUAUAGGAUAUAGGUGAGCAAUUAGAUAAACAAAUUGCUAAUUUACGAACUUAUUUUGAGAUGCAAGCUGGGACGUCUACUCUACAUCGCGCUAUCUGCGCAGUAGAUGACACAACACCGAUCAAACUGAGGGAACCAGAUUUGCGCAUAAACCACCUUACAAAGGACGAAAAAAUGCGCAACUGGAUGGGUAAACCUCUGCACGGGCUUUCCCAAUGAGGUUAGCCAAGGCUAUAUUGGCUGACAUCAGGAAAGAUAUUCCCCGAAACAAAAAGUUCAUUACUGGCCAUUCAGGAUCAGGUUAUACCAACCAAAAAUUACCUCAAAUAUAUCGUCAAAGACCCUCAGGUCCAAAAUGACAAAUGCCGAUAUGAAUGUCAAGCCCAAGAUACCAUCCAACAUCUUACAGGGGUCUGCCAGGCAUUUGCUGCAACUGAAUACAAGGAACGGCAUGACUCAGUAGGAAAGAUCCUUCAUCAAGAGAUAGUUAUCAAGCUGAGACUUCUGCAAACGGACCAUCUCCCAUAUUAUCAAUACGUCCCUGAGAGUAUGCUUGAGAAUGGUAACUACAAGCUAUACUGGGACCGCCCUGUGCUCACAGACCAAACAGUGGCACAUAAUAGACCAGAUCUCGUACUAGUUAAACAAAACAAACAACAUUAAUUGAUGUGGUGAUACCUAACAAUAAUCUACGUAAUAAGUUUACUGAAAAGAUCGCCAAGUACAGAAAUCUGGAAAUUCAAAUAGGAAAACAAUGGAGAAUGCAAAAUACCCAGACAAUACCGAUUAUUAUGUCUACUACUGGAGUCAUUCCGAAAAAUCUUCUCGAAAACAUAAAAAAGCUGGGUCUCAAUGAACAUCUUUAUAAGACCAUGCAGAAAGCUUUACUACUCGCGACGGCCAGAAGUGUACGAAAAUUUUUUUUGCAGGGUACCUGCAUACCAAGUCACCUAGGGCUCCAUAACAUGGAAAGAGUCCCACCAGAGCUCAAUCCUUUUGAUACCGUAGCUAUCUGGGAUGAAUCAAUUUUCCCCUUAGAGGGAGUGUGAGCCGUAUGGCUAAAUCUGGUUGCUGUCUCUUAUCCUACAACUUAAUGACUAUAGAUUAACCAGAUUAAUGUCACAAAACAUUUUCAUAGGUGCAAGAAUAUUCAGAAAGUAUGAAGCGGAUAAUAGCAGACAACCUUAAAGACCUCCAAAAGCUAACGAACAAGAUAGUUGACUGUGGAGAAGAUAUAUUUAUGACGAUAUCAAAAACCCAAAAUAAUGAUGAAAGCCUGACAAUUAAAGGUAAAACUUUAGAGCAAGUUGAAAACUACAACUAUCUUGGCACAAUGAUUAAUCACACAAACGAUUACUCCAAAGAAAUCAAAGUUCGAAUAGAGAAAGCAACAACAAACUUCAAUAAAAUGAGAAAGGUACUUUGUGCAAGAGAACUGAAAUUAGACUUGAGGGUUAGCCUGGCAAGGUGUUAUAUUUUCUCGACCCUGCUUUACGGACACUUAACGCAUCGACUACUAAAAAGUUGGAAGCAUUUUAACUGUGGGUGUAUAGAAGAAUCUUGAAGAUACCGAGCAUAUAACAAACAACGAAGUCAUGAGAAGAGUCAACAAAAGACUGGAAAUAUUGGAAACCAUCAAGACAUGAAAGCUGCAGUACCUGGGGCAUGUUAUGCGUAAUGAGAGAUACAACAUACUUCAAUUGAUUAUACAGGGGAAAAUCCAGGGCAAGAGAAGUGUAGGAAGGAGACGAAUCUCGUGGUUGUGUAACUUGAGGGAAUGGUACGGAUGCACAUCAACCGAACUAUUCAGAGCAGCAGCAUCUAAGAUAAGAUAGCCAUGAUGAUUGCCAACUUCCGUCGCGGAUAUGACACGUGAAGAAGAAGAUUAAAAGGAAAAAAAUAUCAUAUUUGGGACACAUACUUAGAAAUGGUAAGUACGAGUUGUUACAGCUGAUUAUGAAGGGUAAAAUCGAAGGAAAAAGGGGCCCUGGUAGACGACAAAUAUCCUGGCUGAAAAACAUUCGCGACUGGACCGGGUUAAACACAGACGCUUUUAAGAAAAGCAGAAGAUAGAGACGAAUUUGCAAUGGUUAUAACCAACCUUCAUUUGUGGAGUCGGCACUAGAAAAAAAUCGUAUCACCAACGCAGCAUGUACAGUUACGGUCAUUGAAUAGUUUACAGGCUUACGUAUCUAGGAGCCGAUUUUUUAAAUUUUUACCUCGUUUGAACGCACCUUUUACGUCAAAGUGACGUUGCCAGUGGUGUACCUAGAAUAGGUUGAUUAGAUUAAAAAACCUAAAUAUUAUACUCGUAAAUAUAUUUUACAAAACUUAACAAAAUCGAAAGUAUAGAAAGAAGUUCUUUUGACUAAAAUAGAUUAUGGUCUUAAUAACGAAAAUAAGGAAGUCUGGUUUUAAAAUAACCAUUUUAUUUUACAUCUAUUUUACAUUAAAUAAUGACAAACGAUGAUAAAUAAUAAUCAAUAAUUAAUUUUUGGUGGAAGCCCCAUUAUUGCAAUACAACUUUGCAGUCUUCUGUUCAUAGAUAGAUAACACCAAUUCCCUCAUAUUAUAGUCACCAAACUCUUCACAUGCCUGCUCAAUUGCUUCCCAUCUUAUAAACUCUUACUCGGCCAUUGCUAUCUGACUGAAAUACUUUUUCAUCGGUAACCCUAGACCAAACCUUCUUCGUGUUUGGCAAUUGCUGUUGCUUUUUGAGCAUCAUUUAAAUGCAUUCUAACUAUUUUGGAGGAAUUUGAUAUCGUUUUAUUUUAUUUUUCAACACUCGCGAAACUUCUGACAAGCACUGACUUAAAAUUUUUUGACUUUGACAUUUAUCAAAUCCGUACGACACUGCAAUUUUACAGUAUUACAAUAUAAAAAUUAAGGUGUAAACUAUUCAGUGACCGUAAAUGUACGUAGUUUCACAAGCGAUGGUCUGUAGCGUCACGGCUUAUCGUUUUAAUGACAGUUUAGUACUGACGCCCAGGGUUGUUAACAACGCAACUGAAUAUUUCCGUAGAUGGCGCUUCAAAAAUCCGUAGAAAUCCGUAGUGCAGAAAUCUGACAGAAAAUGACACUUGGCAGACCAAAAAAAGAAGAAGAAUGACACUUGACAGACAAAAAAGAAGAAGAAUGACACAUGACAGACCAAAAAAAGAAGAAGAAUGACACUUGACAGACCAAAAAGAAGAAGAAUGACACUUGAUAGGCCAAAAAAGAAGAAGAAUGACACUUGACAGACCAAAAAGAAGAAGAAUGACACUUGAUACGCCAAAAAAAGAAGAAGAAUGGCAUUUGACAGACCAAAAAAGAAGAAGAAUGACACCUUAAGAGUAAAAAAAACCUCAUUUUAGCUUCUUAUGGCUGCAGCUGAAAAAUCCGUAGAAAUGUGGUCGAUAUCUGAAAAUCCGAAAUAAUUUCGAAAAUCCGUAGAUCUACGGAAAAAUCCGUAGAGUUAACAUCCCUGCUGACGCCUCUGGCAACUUGCUAUAAAGGUCAUAGUGACAUUGAUACCUAUUCUCGAGUCACGUCAGCAAAUUAUUUUACCGAAUUUUACUAGGUUGUAAACUGUAUUCAUUUUACAGAUUCCCAACUGUAAACAAGUGCACAUGGAAGCUAAACAGGGUCCUACUGAACUGAUGUGUAUCAUUAUAUUUUACCGUGAGUGAAAGGACUAUUAUGAAACUGCAUUCUGUAUAUUUUUCAUGUCCAGAAAAGGAAAUAAAACUUUUUGAAACAUCAAUAAAUUAAAAUUUUGGAUUUUCUCACCUUUAUAAAAGUGAUUACCACAAGCUAUUUUUACUUUAGAACAAUAAAUACUUUGUUUAUGUAUAUUAAAAGUUCAUUAAACAGACUACACACUAUAAAACUUAUAAAAAAAGAAUGUGUGUGUACUUUGUACGCACGUAUAGAAGUUAUACUUCUAUUAUAUGAUUUCAACAAAAUUAAUAUACUUUAAACAGGUUAUUUAUAUUUUAUUUAAAAAUUAAACCAAUUUUAAUACUUACUACGUUUCAAAAAUUUUUAUUAAAACAUUACCAAAAAUUAAAAAAAUAAAAGAAUAAAACACACACAAACACAUUGAAAAAUGCCACAAAUGAUUUCUGAACAAUAAUUGUUGGACAAAUUUUUAAUUAAAUACGUAUUUUCUGAAAAAAAAAAAUUAUAUAAUAAAUAUACUUACAAUCCUAAAAUGUAUAAAAAAAUAAAAGUUUCUAUUGGGGUUCGAACCCGCUUAUGUUUGCGUAGUUAGUAUUGGAAUUCAGGAGACACAUGCAUCAUGUGGGAAGAUCGAUGAACUAAACGGUUUAAACUUUUGACAGUUCUGAAUUUAACCAAAUUAUUUUGAUUUUUGUAGAAUAUUGAAAUAUUAAAAUACAACAAAACGUAGAGUAAGAAAACAAUAUAUUAGGUAAAUAUUGACAGAAAUUUUGAUGGUAAUCAAACUAUGUAAAUCAAAGCAUUACAUACUAUUUUGGUAGGUUCAUUUUAAAUUUUCCAAAUAGGUAGGUACCUACCUAUGUAAUUUUUUAUUAGGAUACUGAAACAUUUACAAUUAUUACGUACCUGUCGCUUUUAAAAACUGUUUAAAAAGUCACUACAAUUAUAAACUUGCUUUUUUCUCUGCCAUCACAACAAUAAAAACUAAUAUACACAACAUUUGUUUAUCCAUAAUCUCCCAACAAUUAUUGACAGCUCAUUUUAACACCCAAUAAGAUCCCGUAUAACGUUUGAGCGACUAAUACCAUACUGCCAAAACACGACCAGUAUUAAUAACUCAACAAUAACUAUUAUAAAAUACAUAUAACACAAAAUAUUAUCUUAAAAACCAACACCUUAUAUACGAUUUGAAUUUGCGGAUUGACACGUUUGGACCUGUAAAAUGAGAAUCCGCCUCAUUUAGGGCAAUAAAUUACAUUUAAUAGCCUCUUGACGAAUGAGAGGGCUAUGACAUUUGUUUAUAGUUGGGAAUUUGCUAUAUGAAUGCACUUUAGUGCCCGAAAUUUGCUAAUAAAUGGCGGUAAAAUCUAAAAUUCGAAUAUUUUGUUUUAGUGUCACUAUUGAAAUUAACGUGCGAUAUGUAUUUUUUCAAAAGUAAAGUAGAUGUAUUGCAUAUUUAAAGAUGGUUUAUAGCUGUGACCAAUUUUUUUUAUAACAAUUUCCGAAAUUAAAAAAAUGGUAGGUUACUCUUGACUAAAAAUGAUUUUAUGUUUUUUUUGCUGCCACAACCGAAUUUGACUGUGUAUUUCUAGUAUUGCUUUAAACCUUUUAAAGCCGUUUAAUAUUUAUUUAAAUGUAGUAUGAGCAUGGUAUUGCUAGCGAUUUUUUAACUGUUCGAUUUUUUUAUAUGAAUCUCCGUAUAUUGAAAAUAACUACAAUGAUGGAAACAUUUUUGUAUUGAAUUUAAAUAUAGCAAUACCAGAUGCAGCUUGUGAAAUGUAUUUUUAUAUCGAGAAAAAUAAAAUAUUAAUAAUA